GGGUAGUCAUAUCGCGAGAAAGGUUUGGAAGGCGGGUGUAGAGAACCAGGAGAGGGAGGAGUCGAGGCCGCCUCCGCCUCCUCCUUCAGGAGGGGGUGCCGAGGGAGGGGACUGUUGCUGAUCUCUGGUUGUUCUGGGUAGUCUGAGAAGGAGAGUAUGAAGCGAGCGCCAGCCCGGGCACGGCCGGACUUCGCAGGCGAAGGCGCUGCCGCCGCCGCCGCCGCCGCCAUCUAGCUCGCUGCGCUUGAGAGACCCGGCGCGUGGAUGGUCCCGGGGCGGCUCGGGUGUUGAUCCGCGUGUCUCUUCCCCCUGCUCCCCUCCCCCACGCGGUGGUCUCCCCUCCUCCCCCAGCCUGGCAGAGCCAUGUCUCGGGGUGGCUCCUGCCCACACCUGUUGUGGGACGUGAGGAGAAGGUCCCUCGGGCUGGAGGACCCGUCCCGGCUGCGGAGCCGCUACCUCGGAAGAAGAGAAUUUAUCCAAAGAUUAAAACUUGAAGCAACCUUGAAUGUGCAUGAUGGCUGUGUUAAUACAAUCUGUUGGAAUGAGACUGGAGAAUAUAUUUUAUCUGGCUCAGAUGACACCAAGCUAGUAAUUAGUAAUCCUUACAGCAGAAAGGUUUUGACAACAAUUCGUUCAGGGCACCGAGCAAAUAUAUUUAGUGCAAAGUUCUUACCAUGCACAAAUGAUAAGCAGAUUGUAUCCUGCUCUGGAGAUGGAGUAAUAUUUUAUACCAAUGUUGAGCAAGAUGCAGAAACUAACAGACAGUGCCAAUUUACAUGCCAUUAUGGAACUACCUAUGAGAUUAUGACUGUACCUAAUGACCCGUAUACCUUUCUGUCUUGUGGUGAAGAUGGAACUGUUAGGUGGUUUGAUACACGCAUCAAAACUAGCUGUACAAAAGAAGAUUGCAAAGAUGAUAUUUUAAUCAACUGCCGACGUGCUGCCACAUCUGUAGCUAUUUGUCCACCAAUACCAUAUUAUCUUGCUGUUGGUUGUUCUGAUAGCUCAGUACGUAUAUAUGAUCGGCGAAUGCUAGGCACAAGAGCUACAGGGAACUAUGCCGGCCGAGGAACGACUGGGAUGGUUGCUCGUUUUAUCCCUUCCCAUCUGAAUAAUAAGUCAUGCAGGGUGACAUCUCUGUGUUACAGUGAAGAUGGUCAGGAGAUUCUUGUUAGUUACUCUUCAGACUAUAUAUAUCUUUUUGACCCGAAAGAUGAUACAGCACGAGAACUUAAAACUCCUUCUGCAGAAGAGAGAAGAGAAGAGUUACGACAGCCUCCAGUUAAACGUUUGAGACUUCGUGGUGAUUGGUCAGAUACUGGACCCCGAGCAAGGCCUGAGAGUGAACGAGAAAGAGAUGGAGAGCAAAGUCCCAACGUGUCAUUGAUGCAGAGAAUGUCUGACAUGUUAUCAAGGUGGUUUGAAGAAGCAAGUGAAGUUGCACAAAGCAACAGAGGACGAGGAAGACCUAGAUCCAGAGGUGGGACGAAUCAGUCAGAUGUUUCAGCUCUUCCUGCGGUCCCAUCAAGUGCUGAUUUGGAUGCGGGUGAAACUGCAAUGGAAGUAGAUGCCCCAGAUGAGCAGUUUCUUCAGCCUUCUGCGUCCUCUGCCGUGUCAGCUCAGGGCCAUUUGGCGUCACCUUCUACAGAAGGCCCUCAUUCUGCUUCUGUGCUGUCUUCUCCAGACAGUGACCAAAGGCAGUCUGUUGAGGCAUCUGGACACCAUACACAUCAUCAGUCUGAUUCUCCUUCUUCUGUGGUUAACAAACAGCUUGGAUCCAUGUCACUUGACGAGCAACAGGAUAACAAUAAUGAAAAGCUGAGCCCCAAACCAGGGACAGGUGAACCAGUUUUAAGUUUGCACUACAGCACAGAAGGAACAACUACAAGCACAAUAAAACUGAACUUUACAGAUGAAUGGAGCAGUACUGCCUCAAGUUCCAGAGGAAAUGGGAGCCACUGCAAAUCUGAGGAUCAGGAGGAAUCUUUGGCCCCACAGAGCCCAGUGCAACCAUCAGAAGGAGAGAAUGAAGCAAAAGCUCCUGAAGAAUCAUCAGAGGAUGUGACACUUCAGGAAGGUACAUCUCCAGAAAGCACAGUUCAAAACUAUAUAGAUACAGCACAAUCAGAUAAGUUUACUUCUGAGUCAUUGGAUUCUGGCCCAGGAGAAAGAAAUGACUUCAAUCUUGAUAGCCCUUGUGGGGUUGCAGAAGAAUCCACUUUGUCUGAAAAAGGCAAAGAACCAGGAACUUCAGAUCAAACUAGCACAAGUGCUUCCAGACAUAGUACCAGCGACCCUGAGCCUCAGUCACAAACAGAAGCCACUGGGCCUCCGGCCCGUGAGGAGACGUUGACCAGGGACUCUGCUCUCCAGGACACAGAUGAUAGUGACGACGACCCAGUCCUGAUCCCAGGUGCAAGGUAUCGAGCAGGACCUGGUGACAGACGCUCUGCUGUUGCCCGCAUUCAGGAGUUCUUCAGGCGGAGAAAAGAAAGGAAAGAAAUGGAGGAACUGGAUACUUUGAAUAUUAGAAGGCCACUAGUAAAGAUGGUUUAUAAGGGCCAUCGCAACUCCAGGACAAUGAUAAAAGAAGCCAAUUUCUGGGGUGCAAACUUUGUAAUGAGUGGUUCUGACUGUGGCCAUAUCUUCAUCUGGGAUCGUCACACUGCUGAGCAUUUAAUGCUUCUGGAGGCUGAUAAUCAUGUGGUAAACUGCCUGCAGCCACACCCAUUUGACCCAAUUCUCGCCUCAUCUGGCAUAGAUUAUGACAUAAAAAUCUGGUCACCACUAGAAGAAUCAAGGAUUUUUAACCGAAAACUUGCUGACGAAGUUAUAACUCGAAAUGAACUCAUGCUGGAAGAGACUAGAAACACCAUUACAGUUCCAGCCUCUUUCAUGUUGAGGAUGUUGGCUUCACUGAACCAUAUUCGAGCUGACCGGUUGGAGAGUGACAGAUCAGAAGGCUCUGGUCAGGAGAAUGAAAAUGAGGAUGAAGAAUAAUCAAUUCCUACUGGCAAGCACUUAGAUGUUCUGAAAUUUGUAUAAGACAUUUAUUAUAUAUUUUUUUUCUUUACAGAGCUUUAGUGCAAUUUUAAGGUUGUGGUUUUUUUGAGUUUUUUCCCUUUGGGGGGGAUAACCUAACAUUGGUUUGGAAUGAUUGCGUGCAUGAAUUUGGGAGUGUGUGUAAAACAAAACUAGCAAAAUGUUUUUAAAACUUUUUGCCAUGUGUGAGGAGUGCUAGAAAGUGCAAAGUGCAAUAUUUUCCCUAACCUUCAGAUGUGGGAGCUUGGAUCAAUGUUGAAGAGGAAUUUUCAUUAUAGUGAAAAUAUUGGUUCAAAGAAAUGUCUGUACUUGCCAUUUGCAUGUUUAUUGCUUUCUAAUUAAAGAAGUUGGUUGUUUUAUGAUAUCCUGAA